AGAGGAGGUUGCCUGCCUGACUUCUCCCUCUCCCUCUUGUAUCUUAGGCCUAGAGAAGUGUCUGCACCUCUAUCCCUGCCAGGCAAAGGCAGAGCCACCCCUUGGGAGACUUGGGAAAAGUCAGUGGUCCCUGCCCAACUCUAUGUUCAUAAUCUGUCUCCUUUAAUUCUGCAGGUGUUGAAGAGCCAUGGACAAGACUACCUUGUUGGCAACAGGCUGACCAGGGUGGACAUUCACCUGCUGGAACUUCUCCUCUAUAUUGAAGAGCUUGAUUCCAGUCUUCUGGCCCCUUUCCCCCUGCUGAAGGCCCUGAAGAGCAGACUCAGCAGCCUGCCCAAUGUGAAGAAGUUCCUACAGCCUGGCAGUCAGAGAAAGCUUCCCAUUGAUGCAAAGCAACUCGAAGAGGCUAGGAAGAUUUUCAAAUUCUAGGAUAGCUGCAUUGAGAGAGCCCACAGACACCAGUCUCUGGGGUUUUUAAAUAAUAAACAGCAAUUGUUCAUCCUGGUAUUUGAGAAAAUGAACAUGAACAAGGGAUAUAUGCAUGGCAUGUGUUCAAGUUGUUGACCUGGGAUUGCAGGAUCACAUUCCAAGAAGGCAACUAAUAAUCAUUACAAAUAAGAGCAAACGUUGUACAAAUGAGGAAAACCUAAGUAAAAAGAACACUGACAAGAGAAAAGACUAACUUUGUACACUCAGUGUCUCAGCAGGUCUCUGUCAUGCUGAUCCCUUUUCUCAGCUCUGACUUCUCAGCACUGUGCUUCCCUUUCCACAACCCCCACCAUGCUGUCCUCCAUCCCCCAGUGACUCCAUCCUUAUCUCCAGGUUGAAAACUGGAGUCACUUUUCUCAGCUCUGACUAACACCCAUUGUAGUGACUAACAUCGUUGUAGAAUGAGCCACAUUUAAAGGUAACAUUAAUUACAAGACAGAGAAAUAAAAAUGAAAAAAAUAGAAUAAAAAAUAAAGAAAAAAUUUGAGGUCUAAAAAAGAGUGCAAUUACAGGAGAAGGAAUUGGAUAACUAGUGUAAAGAUAUUUUAAAGAAAGA